AGGCUGUUUGAUCCUGUCUUCUCUGAUCCUCCCCUUCUUCUGCUGUCCCCAAUCCAUCUGCUGAUAGUACAGAGCUCCAGGAGUCACUCUGCAUAUGCUCAGUUUAGUGUUUUUUUCUUUUCUUUGAGAGGGUGCAGGUGAUCAGCACAGGGCCAAUCAGCACUUUCCAGAGGGUCAGGGGUUAUGCAACCUCAUAGGACAAUCAGGGGAGAAUGAAAACUCCUCCUACAAGCUUUAACCAGUGCUCUGCUGGACACUGAUAGAAAUCACAAAACUGCUCUAACUGCUGAUGAGAAAAGUUAUUUAGCAGUUUAUAUUUACUAAAAUAA